AUGGCAGGCAGUUUCCUGCCAUAUCACGAGCCAAGUAUCGUCCAGAUUUUAAUUGUAAUCUCAUUUUUCUUCUUCCUGUCUCUGGCGGAAUGGGUCUCUGCAAGGGUCAUCCAAGCCGGAAUCAUCGGGCAGAUUGCAGUGGGUAUCAUAUAUGGGUUACCUUUAGCAAAUAUCCUAGAAGAGCAGUGGCAGGACACGUUUCGCGUGUUGGGUUAUGUCGGGUUGAUUUUAAUCAUCUUUGAGGGAGGGCUUAGUGCUCGUCUUGAUCUUCUCAAGAGGAAUUUUAUUCUCAGUCUUCUGGGAGCCGCCGUUGGGGUACUCUUCCCGAUUGCUUUCUCCUACUUGCUGCUUUACCUUGGUUUUGGAUAUGGACCCGUCGAAACAUUCAUAGUCGGUGCUGCGUUAUCAGCGACUUCUCUUGGCACCACAUUUGCAGUUAUUAAAUCUGCAGCUCGAUCUGUAGACCUUGCACAGACACGAGUCGGCGCCGUGCUCGUGAGCGCUGCCGUCAUUGACGAUGUCGUCGGUCUUGUCCUAUUGAGCAUAAUAGCCAAUCUGGGUAAACUCUCCGGCGGAGGCAAUGUCAACCUGGGCUGGAUCAUCGGCCGGCCCAUCGUCGCCUCCGUCGCCAUGGCUGUCCUCACGCCAAUACUCACAAAAUACGUCUUCGCGAGGCUCUUCCGACGGUAUAUCGAGCAUGCCUUUGCGCAGUUCGAUCAUGUCUCGAAUAUCAUUCUUAUGGUGCUGGUCCUUUGCGCGUUCAUUACCAUCGCGGCGUACGCGGGCACCUCUGUUCUUUUUGGCGCAUUCCUCGCCGGAACUUUCUUGACUUAUAUACCCAGCAAGCAUCCGUCGGGUCCGUUUGUGGUUAUGAGUCGCGAGGAAGGAGAACGCGAGGCGCAUAAGAGCCCGACAUUCGUACAUACCUUUGAGGUGUACUUGCUGGACGUGCAGUCCUAUCUGAUGGAGCCGCUCUUCUUCGCUAGUAUCGGGUUUGCCAUUCCUUUUGUGCAGCUCUGGACGGGGGAGAGGAUUUGGAGGGGAGUGGUGUUUUCCCUUUUGAUGGUUGUUGCAAAGUUCGCCGUCGGUAUCUGGCUGCCGCUGUGGAAAUAUCUUCCACUUCUGUGGCCUCCCAAGCGGAAAGGAUUGUCCAAGGAAGGAAAUGGUGCGCAGGAGCUGCAGAAUGACUCGAGAGAGAAAAAUGGAAGGUCACAUUCCAACACUACCUGGUUGUCUGGGCUGCUCUUGGGCUCUGCGAUGGUAGCACGCGGUGAGAUUGGUCUACUCAUCAUCGAGAUAGGGUUUAACGAGACAUCCUAUGUGAGUGAGGCUGCCUUCAUUACUGGAGUUUGGGCGAUUCUCCUCAAUACCAUCAUUGGACCGAUGGCCGUUGGGCUGCUAGUCAAGUUCUAUGGAAAGAGGAUUGGAGAGGGUGAAUGGGGACUACAAGAGCCAGAGCCACUGCCCGGGCAUGAUGCUGAACACAGGCCGGAGGAGGUAUAA